AUGGCAACGUUCACGAGGCUUUUCGCGUGCCUGCUGGCAUUGUCGCUUGUUGCAGGCGAGCUUAUCAGCGUCCCCGAUGGUGGCCGGGAGCGUGAUCAGCACUCCAGGCGUGGAAAAGCUGGCAAAUCGCUCCCAAAUACCAAACCCCAACCACCUCAGGGACAGGGAUUUCAUGAGCGAGAGCUCGAUACCGAUUACUGGCUCGAGCAGGGUCAGCAAACGCUAGCCAAGAAGCUGGCCGAACAGCACAACAUGAACCACGCAAAAAACGUGAUCUUUUUCAUCGGCGAUGGGAUGUCCUCGCAAACGGUUGCAGCCACUCGCAUGUACCUCGGCAACGAAGCAAACAGCCUAUCGUUCGAACACUUCAAGGAUCUUGGGUCAGUGCGGACGUACUGCGUCAAUCGGCAGGUGUCGGAUUCGUCCUGCACAGCCACCGCAUUCCUGUCUGGGGUGAAGAUCAACUACGGCAUGGUGAAUGUGGCCGCUUCCGUACCCCGGUACACCUGCGAGUACGAUCGCAACGCCACAGACUUCGAGGGUCUGCUCAAGUGGGCUCAGGAUGCGGGCAAAAGCACGGGCAUCAUCACGACGACGAAGAUCACACACGCAACACCUGCCGGAGCGUACGCCAGCAGCGCCAAUCGUUACUGGGAGAAUGACGUCGAGGUUCGUGCGGGCGAUUGUGAUCCUGAUCGCGUGGAUGACAUCGCGGAGCAGCUGGUUGAGAAGGAUAUGGCGAAGCGCUUCAACGUUGUGUUGGGUGGAGGACGAGCUAAUCUACUCCCUGUGGGCACGCUGGACGAAGAGGGUAAGCCCGGUUAUCGAGAGGAUGGCAAAAAUCUGAUCGAACAGUGGAAACAAACGCACGAAACGAUGGGACGCUCGCAGUACGUGUGGAAUCGUGAGCAACUCCUUGCUGUGGAUACCGCUAGCACGGAUUACCUGCUCGGGUUGUUCGAAAGUGGCCACAUGAAGUACAACCUCGAGCUGAAGGAGAACAGUGAAGCGAGCCGACUCGAACCAACGCUGGAGGAGAUGACACGCGUUGCGGUUGAACUGCUGCAGAGGAAUAAGAACGGGUACGUGCUGUUCGUCGAAGGUGGACUGAUCGAUGUGGCACAUCACGAGACGUACGCCCGGUUAGCGCUGGACGAAACGGCUGAGUACUCUCGAGCGAUUGAUACGGCGCGUAAGAUGACCAGUGAGGAGGACACCCUGAUCGUGGUUAGUGCUGAUCACGCACACACGAUGACGUACAACGGCUAUCCGGUGCGUGGAAACGAUAUCCUUGGGUUAGGUGACAUCAGCGAGGAAGACAACCUGCCGUACACCACGCUAAGCUACGCCAACGGGUUGUCGUACUACACGACGUACACGGAGGAGAAUCUCGGUAUUCGCGAGGACGUGUCCAAGUACGAUUACACCAAGCGUGAUCAUCGCUACAUGGCCAUGGUACCGAUGGAUGCCGAAACGCACGGUGGCGAUGAUGUUGCCGUUUGGGUGUCCGGUCCGAUGUCUCAUCUCUUCCGCGGCGUUUACGAACAGAACACCAUUCCGUAUCUCAUCUCGUACAUUGCAAAAAUUGGCGAUUACUACGAUGGCUCGAACUCUGGUGCUAACGGGCUUUACUCGUUUGCUCCGGUUCUGAUCCUAAGUGCCAUCGUCGCGUGUUUGAUGCGAUAA